AUGAAUAGUGUUUCCUUUCCGCUUGACCAGCACUUAGAGAAAGAUGACAAGCAAGAUGCUUUUAUUAAGCAUUCUGAAGCGUCUGCUACUACCGAUCUGGAAACCAAUGACCAUAUUCCGAGAUCUCCUUCAAGGGAAGAAGAUUUCAAUUCUGAGGAACAGAAACGGCUAAGCAGACUACGGCUGAAGAGUGAUAUCCGAAUUAUACCUUGUCUCUGGAUUCUUUACUUCUUAGCUUGUUGCUUACGAUUUUCCGUCUCGCUUUCUUUCACCAUGAAUUCCCAACAAGGUCAUAGCCUCAUACAAACAUUACCCGGUUAUACUCCCCAUCUUCUUUCUUUAGGUCUCGCUCUUUUUUAUGUGGGAUACGUUAUAUUUGAGGUUCCUUCUAACUUAAUGAUGGUUUUCGUCGAACCCUCUGUUUGGGUUGCUCGUAUUCAGUUUACCAUUGGUGUCGUUGGUUUGUGUCAUACAGUCUUGGGAACGAAAUAUGGUAACGCAAAAGCAUUUGUUGCUCUACGCUUUUUCUUGGGUGUUGCAGAGUCUGGUUUAUGGCCAGGUUUAGCUUAUUACAUGAGUCGUUGGUACCAGGGCCAACACCUGGGAAAACGAAUUGGAUGGUAUUACACUGCUGCCCAGAUUGGUGCUGCUGUCGUAAGUUUGGUUUCUGCUGGCUUCCAAAAAAUGGAUAAUGCUCGAGGUUUAUAUGGCUAUCAAUGGAUGUUUUUGAUUUGGGGCGUUGUUUCUGUUGCCCAAGCUCUCACUAUACCUUGGUGGUUACCUGCAGUAGACAAUUAUCAAAAAAAUAGACGAGACCUUUUAUCUUAUAUCCCUCUUCCCAAAUGGAUGAAGUAUAUGUCUCCGACCCGCAUGCAAUUUCUCGAUCAAAAAGAAAAGCAUCUACAUCGCCGCUACAUGUCAGGUAUGAAUGUAGGUAAGCAAUGGACUUGGAUGGAUUUGUUAAAGUCUUGCUUGGAUCUUCGCGUAUGGCCUUUUGUUUUGAUUUACUUCGGUGUUGUUGGUGUAGGUAACGGUAUUUUUGGAUACUGCACUUUAAUUAUUGAACAAAUCAAUUCCAACUUUUCGAGUACCACUGUUUCUCUUUUGAACGCUCCAAUUUGGGUUUGUGAUGCUUUGGGUAUUGUUUUAGUUAUGCCUCUUUAUGAUCGCUUCCGUUACAGACUGACAUUCCUUAGUUCAAGCUGUUUAAUAAUCAUUGCUGGUCUUUGUGUUGCGACAUAUGCCCACACACCCUGGUCACGCUAUGGUGGUCUGUUGAUGAUUGGUUUUGGUUUGGGACCUACUGUUCCCAUUUGUAUGGCUUGGUGCUCUGAGCUGAUGGUUGUUUCAUAUGGUGAUGUUGGUGUUGCUGCAAGUUUAGCCCUAGUAUCCGGUGUAGGAAAUUUGGGCUCUGUUGUGACAACGUAUGCGCUUUACUCGGGUUGGCCUGCAGAUACUACGUACCACAAAAGCAACGAAGUUUGCAUGGGACUUAUUGGUCUUUCCAUCAUUUCCGGAUUUGUCGUCUAUAUUUUAGAAAAGACGGGUUUUGGCCAGUUUCGUGCAAGUUUUUGGGCAACUGAAACGAAAGAACAAGAGCCCACUAUGUAUGAAUCACAAUUUGAGGAGAACAUCUCUCAUUGA